UCAGCAGGCCAGUGGAGUUCAUAAGCAGGAACUGAGCACUUGUACACAGUCUACCGCUUACACAGGAGGCGCCCCGAGACUCCUGUCAGAAACAGAUCCAAAAUCGGCGACGAUGUCGAUUGCAUCAGAUGACAACGACGCCUCUCCGCCACCUCUUCUGCAGAGUCAGGAAAUAAGUGAUCAUGAUACUCCAUCUCUGAAUUCAAACGAAAGUGAAGAUAUCCACUACAAAGUCGAAGAUGUUCCACCCUGGUAUUUCUCCAUUUUCUUCGGAUUCCAGCACUGCCUGACCAUGGCGGGUGCAACGAUUGUCAUCCCUAUCAUCAUAUCGAGUUUCCUGUGUAUGGCCGAAGAUGACCCAGCGAGGGGUGCUCUGGUAUCCACGGUGUUCUUUCACUUAGGUCUCGUGACUUUACUACAGACCACCUUUGGUGUCAGACUACCAAUCGUCCAAGGGGGAUGUUUCACAAUCUUGGUUCCUACGAUAGUUCUCCUAACGACCAUUUACGAGCCCUGCUCCGCUCUUCCCAUGGCCAACAUGACAGAAUCCGAGAGGGAGGAGGCAUGGCAAGUUCGCAUCCGGGAUGUACAAGGAUCAAUUGCUGUGGCCUCUCUUCUCCAAAUAGUAGUUGGAGUCUCAGGAAUGAUUUCCGUGCUACAGUCCUGGAUUUCUCCUUUAACUGUCGUUCCUACCUCAUCUUUAGUAGGUCUAUCGCUCUUUGAUCUGACCGCACAGCAAGCAGCAAAACACUGGGGAAUAUCUUCCUUGACCGUAGCGUUAAUAGUACUGUUCUCUCAGUACCUGAGAAAUGUGAAGUUUCCUCUUCCAGUCUACAGACGCAAAACAGGAUUUACCUUUUCGAGUUACAGGAUCUUCAAAUGCUUUUCGAUGAUGCUGGCAGUGUUCAUAUCGUGGGCUGUUUGCUGGAUGCUAACGACCUGGGAUCUUCUACCAAAGGGCUCUGCAGCACGCACAGAUGCCAAAGGUUCCCUUCUGAGUCAUUCCCCGGUGUUCAGGGUACCUUACCCAGGUCAGUGGGGGUUUCCAACUGCUUCAGUUGCCGGAAUCGUUGGUAUACUGAGCGGAAUGAUUGCCUCUAUUACCGAGAGCUUCGGCAACUACUACGCAUGCGCCAGAGUUGCAGGGGCCUCCAAUCCACCCGCUAAUGCAAUCAACCGUGGAAUUGGAAUAGAGGGCAUGGGGUGCUUAUUAGCUGGAUUCUUUGGCACUGGCACCGGCACUGUGUCCUGCUCUCAGAAUGUUGGCGUAAUUGAGGCCACAAAGGUUGGAAGCCGAAGAGUUGCCCAGGUCAGCGCCGCCUUCCUCAUUCUGGCGGGUCUCUUCGGGAAGAUUGGGGCGCUGAUCGUGACUAUGCCCGACCCCGUCUUGGCGGGGAUAUUGAUUGUCACAUUCGCAACGAUCGCGGCCGCUGGGAUGGCGCCUCUUCGGUGUGUUGAUUUGAAUUCAUCCAGAAACCUCUUUGUCUUGGGUUUCUCUGUUUUCCUCGGCCUCGCUGUACCAAAGUGGCUGGAAAAUAACUCUGGAGCAAUUGAUACCGGGUCUCCCAUGGCGGACCAAGUACUUACCAUAAUUCUGCAAAUUCCGAUGUUCGUUGGUGGGUUCCUUGGGUUCCUCUUGGACACUACGAUACCAGGAACUGCGAAAGAAAGGGGCUUAUUGAAGUGGAAGGAGCAUCUCCAUGGAGCACCAGAGAUGAGGCUCAAGGACGCUUAUCUCCAGUCGCAAUGCUAUGAUUUGCCCUUUGGGAUGACAGCAAUUAAAAGAUGGGGAUUCCUUCGACACGUUCCUUUCAGUCCAACAUUCGCCGGUUUCAGGAGAAGGGAUAAAGUGCCCGAUGAAGAAGGCGGAAUAUGAUGACUAACUAGAGGAGUGAUAUGAUGACUAUGAAAGACGGGAUGGCUCAAAAACAAAGAACGUAACGCCACGACAGCGUAUGAAUACAAAGGACUGGUCUGAAAGAAAAGAACUUGGCGUUAGCACAAGCUAAACAAGGGGUGAUGCGACCUCCAGCUUACUCGGGACGUGUGGAAGAUUUUCCCCCUCACGCAGAAGUUGUAAACAUUAUAUUUCUAAUUUAACGUGAAGUGGUUUUCGUAAUUAAUACUUGUACUGGGUACUAUUCAUACUAACAAGGAUUAAUUGAAACGGACACAAAGUAAACCUGUUCAAUAUUCUCAGCUAUAAAUGGAAACACAAAAUAACUGAACAGAAACACCAAAUAAAAUAAAAUGUACUAAAAUCUA